CCAGUGCACAGCAACAAUAACCGCAACUAGAGUCAUCACCAUCUUUGUGUGUUCCAUUACAACUACUUUUGGGAAUGAAUUGUGUGGUUUUUGUAGGGAAUGGAAGGACGAAAGGGACAGAUGGAGAGAAGUUUGAUUUGGUGAACCACUUUUCCUACUUCCUUAACAGUUUUCUUUGUUGGAGCUAUUGGAGCUAAGCUAGCUGGUCAACUUUGGCGCUUUGACACCUAAUGCCUGGACUUGGGAAAGUAUAUGAUCGGUUAUCACGGCAACCAACUUCUUCAUCAGGUAAAAACUCAGAAACUUAGGACUUUUAGGAGUCGUUAAGGCUGUUGAUUUGGGUGGCUAAACUUUAAUAGCGUGUAGGAAGCGUAAUCCUAGUUUGAUCCUUCUGUUGCCUUCGACUUUUAUAUCUUUCUGUGUUUGGUCAAUGGUUAUCCUAACCCUUCGAGAAAUUUUGCUGCGGGUUAGAUAAACAAAAGUAUGAUGGGAAGAAGAAAGUAAGAACAGACGUCCUGCACAAGGCAUGUCCUUCCACACUGAUCAAAAGAGGAGUACAUGUGCAGUGGUUGAUAUGCAGUAGGCCUGCGGCUCCAGCCCCCUCAAUAGGAGUUAUAGUCUCUUAAGAAGCACAUGCACAGGCGGGAUACAUUAAUACUGCUAAGUUUUGAAGCAAAAAUCUGCCAAAAUCAAAGGAACCGUGGGCAAGCCAAGCCUCAUUUGUUUUGUAGACCAAUGAAUUUCUGAAGUUGUAGAAAAUUGGGCGUAGUCCCGAGAUCGGAGCGAAACUAAUGUAACCUUUUUAUUGAAUUUUUAUAAAAAUAUUAUCUAUAUUAUUCAAAGAAUUGAGGGAGCACAAGAAUGUCAGUUUGAACUCUGAAGUAUAGCCGUAAUGGAUUUGAGCUCUGCUGAAGCCUGCAAGUGGUUGCUGAGGUAGUUGAGCUUCAAAACCUAUCCCAUGGCUUCCCCUCCACUCCCUCUUACUUUGACUAACCCUCUUCUAUAAAUUCCUUCAUCUUUUCCUCUUAACUCCAAUAAACUUCCAAAUCCAAAGCGUCGGAACAUUAUCAUACACUUGCCCACAAGAGUUAUCCCAAUGAAGCCAUUUGUUCCCCUUGCCCGAACAAUCCUGGUGCUCGCUCUAGCGUUUGCUGUAGCAAUUCUUCCAGUUUUGGGUCAGAUCAAUUCACCCUGCAAUCCUUCCAUGAUUGCUCGCUUCACUCCUUGCAUGAACUUGCUCACAAACAGCACAGCAAAUGGCACUUCACCAACUGCAAGCUGUUGUGAUUAUCUAAGGUCGCUCACUGGCACAGGAAUGGAUUGCCUCUGUCUCAUUGUCACUGCAAGCGUUCCCUUCCAACUACCCAUCAACCGAUCGUUGGCGAUUUCUCUUCCUCGUGCCUGUAACAUGCCUGGCGUCCCAGUCCAAUGCAGAGCCUCUGCUGCUCCUAUUCCAGCUCCAGGUCCUAUCUCACUUGGUCCAGCCCUGUCUCCUGAUGCAUCACCAACUCCACUAGGUUCUGGCAUCCCUCAACCUGCCACGCCUGCACAGUCACCGGAAGCAGACACCACAGAGUUUCUAACUCCGCCUGAAACUCCGACCACGACCACUGAUGCCGGGACUGGGAUUUCACCUGAACUGACUCCGUCAUCUGCUACAAUACCCACUUACAACUUCUAUCUUCUGGGAUUGGCAUUGAGUUGUAUGGUUUCGAGGCUAUACUAGAUUGCUUAUCCAAUAUUUGUUGAUUUAUUGAUUCCAACAAAAAAUAACAAAGAUAUGUUUAUUUAUUUGUAAUUGUGGGGAGUUAAUUCUUUUGAGUUUUGAGUGGAAUAGUUGUUUGAUUAGGUUUUUGGGCUUUGAGUUGGUUCAGAGGAGUGACUGCUUGUAUACCUAAAAAGCAGACAUACCGAGAAUUGUUUGUUAAUUUGUUUAUAGUCAAUUUAAGUUCCUCAUUUUAUUGCU